AUGGAUGGCUGGGAGGCGUUAAAUGUUGUACGCAGAUGGUUUUACUGCGGCGAAUCGAAGGAUUACGCCAAAGCUCUAGAAAACUUGAGUGUGGAAGCCUCCAAGAGUAACGAUGUUGCAUUUAUAGGCGGCCUGUUACAGCUAAAGCGAGAUUCAGAUGCUAUGAAUACCAAGAGGAAAUUGCUAUGGCUUACUUCCAAAGUUGAAGACAGGUUUUAUCCGCCGUUGGAGGCAGAUUUGGCAGGUCCACUACAGUGGAAUCACGAUAUAGUAUUACAGUCUAAGUCUGAUAAAAUACUGUCUAUUUACUGUCUUAGAAAAGCUCUGGUAGCUGAUACGUUGACGUCACCCGGUUCGAUACAGCAAAGUCGAGACAUCGAGAAUUGCUCAUUCGUUGCAUCCAUGAUUGUCAUUAAGAAUCAAAAGGUAAGUUUACCGCUAAUUGUAAAAGUUGGACCAUAUAAAUACCAUGUAAACCUCAAUUUUAAUGGCUCUAACGAAAGAUUGGUGACGGUCGAUAUAUCUUCUAUUCCAACGACCAAAAGAGGCAAACAAUUGGCAGUUUUGAGUGAGGACUUAAAUGAUAAGAUAAUUGAACUGGCAUACUUGCAAGUCACGACCGGCUCCUACGACUGUCCGGGAUCUAAUUUUGCAAUAGAUAUGUUUACAUUAACUGGUUACAUCCCAGAGAUAGUCGAUGCUAAGAGGUAUAGCGUAAAGAAGCUCAUCGAGUUUUAUCGAAGCGGGUUUUGCUAUAUGGCUAUCGGCACCGGAGACAAUUCUGGAGAAUUGGAAAAUUCACUGAUCAAGAACCAUGACUAUCCGAUUGUGGGUAUUAAUGAAGAUUCUUGUACCCUUUUAGCACGAGAUACUCUUGAUGUAAAUACUACGACGGAUAUUGACGAUAUGUGUUUGGCUAAGUAUUAUAAACAAGUUUAUCUUGUGCGGAAAACAGAUAAGCUUUUUUCCAGGAAGAGUACUCUUCAUUUUGUUUACAAAUCAGACAAGUACAAUAAGUUCAAAAGCAUAUUCGACAAGCCAAAGUUUGUUUUAAGAAAUGGAUCUCAAGGUAUGGAACCCAUUUGGAUAUUACUAGAGACAAAUUUGCAAUGCAAAAACAAUUCAGGCAAAAAUAACAUUGCUUAUUUGAAAAAAGUUCCAAAAAAUCCUUUUAUUCAUAUGACAAGUGCAUUAGAAGGCGCAUGUGAAAUUGGGUUACAACUUUUAAAACUGGAGCUGCCUUCUAACAGCGACUUGCGUCUUUUCUGUCACUCGUCAAAUACCGCACACUUCACAAUUCAUACAUUUUUCAAUUCUGGCCUCGUAACAUUUAACAGGGAUAGCAGUGCAUAUAAUAUAACCUCCUUGCAGUUUUCACGAACCACUCAAGAAAACUAUCCACUUGGUUCAUUGAACUAUUUUAGAAACCCAACUUUUAAAUUUGAGCUUGUUCAUUCGUCAACAGUUGAGACAUCUGUUCAUUUGCAACUACUCUCGGAAACCCCUCAUGAUCUACUUAAUCUGUCUGUGUUCAAUUUUAAUGAUCAUACUUUGUCGACUCCUCUACUCUGUAAUACUGAUUACACACAUCAGAGGUAUGAUAAAUUGCACACACCACUGAUAACUAACACAACAUACAAGAUAGUCUGUUCAACCUAUUCUGAGCCCUUGUCGCAAGAGUAUAAGCUUGUGGUUGCACCACCAGACGACACAUUGUUGCCUCCUUUCAAAUGCGAUAUACAGCAAGUAUUUCUUGAGUAUGGAGGCUACAAUUACAAUACAGAGCAGAAGAUUCAAUGGCGUACCAAUUCAAACAGGGUCGUCAUACCAUUGAGUACAGCAACCAAUAAUAUUUGUUUCAUACGCAUAGUUCCAAAAAAUGAAUUGCUUCUUAUCCGAUGUAACGUCUUUGAUAGUGUCACACAUCGGAAGAUUUGCGGAAACGACUCGUUUCAAAGAGUUUCUGCUGGUGGAAUAGUUCUCGAAAAAGUCGAAAUAUAUGGCCACCCUAGCGUAACGCUGCUCAUAGAGAAGGAUGAACCCAUAGGCCUUAGAGAGCCGUCAAAAGCUGAUUCGUUUUCUCUAAUCAUCGGUUCUCAUCAUAAGAUCACUAUUGACGUAUGA